GCGUUCCUCCGGCUUCUUUCAUGAAAGAGCUUGGAAAGGUGUUUCUUUCCAUGAUGGGUUUUGGCUUCAGUUUUCUAACAGCUGAGUAACUGCGGCAGCACAAUUAGUAGUAAAAUAGGCUCUCCUGAGACGCAGUCUUGGGAAGAAAUCAGGCCUAGAGGAGCCACCUUAAGAAAAAGUAAUUUAGAUGCACGCCCACUGGGAACUCCAGGAGGAGGCGGAGCUUGGGCCCCAGAAAGGCGGGGUCCAUGCUGAGCGGAGUAGACUGUCCCGAAGUGACUAUUUACACGUGCGCAAUGCGAACUUCCCAGCUGCCGUGGGUCAGUGCAAUAUGGACUUUCGCUCCGCGCAGCGAGCAAUACUUCAGUUGCUAGACGCUGUGGCUCCGGCAGAUCGACCGGCGCUGCUGAGCUGGAUGCGAACCACGCGGGAUUUUGAUGAAUUCACACAAGAUAAUAAUGAAGUUAUAUUGAAAAACAUAGCAGAUGACCUUCGGAAUUGCUUACCUCUAGAAACCAUGCUUGCCUCAGAACCUGUAGCUCUUCAAAAAAUACAGCAGCAGCCAGAACCCACAGUUCACAUUGAUGCAUUCCUUUACGAUGAAGACUUUAUUGAUUCAUUGUGUGAGGAAGGAAGAAUGAGCAGAAACUACUGUACAGUGUGUGGCUCGCACCAGACAGCACCUUUAGGCUUUAUUUCUCAUUCCUUCUCCCUCGUGGAAUUGAAGUUCAUUUAUCAUCACGUGCUCCCUGAUCUGUUGGGAAAGGUCUUGGUUGAUGUUGGCUCCAGACUUGGCACAGUCCUUUAUGGGGGUUACCUUUAUAGUUCAGCACUGCAGCUGUAUGGAGUAGAACUGAAUGGAGACUUUUGCCAGUUACAGGAAAUGGUCAUUAAAAAAUAUCAUUUUAGUGACAGAAUAAAGGUGGUCCAUGCAGACAUCUGUACCCAGGGUUCACUUCUGUACAAUGCUGAUGUUGUUAUAAUGAAUAAUGUCUUUGAAUAUUUUCUUAAGGAGACAGAACAGGCCAGCACCUGGGAGUAUAUCAGCUGUAACCUAAGGAAGCCGGGAUCAUUGCUAGUGACAGUACCAAGUCUUGAAGACUCUCUCUCAGGUCUUCAGACUAAUAUACAGUUAUCCUCCUGGGUUGAAGAGGUACCACUGAACUAUGAUGUCUACCCACAAAAGGAUAUUGACAAAGAAGCUCUUAAACAAAUUCAUUUAUAUAAGAUUCUCUAGCACUAAAAUAAUCCUCCCUACUGUAAUGUUUUGUUGAGUAUAUUACAAAAUGAAAAAGAAGCCUCGUACGGUAGCACAUAACUAUAAUCCCAGCACUUGGGAGGCUGAGGCAGGAGGAUCACCAUGAGUCUGAGAACAGCCUGGCUACAUAGUGAGUUCAAGGCCAGCAUGGACUACAUAGUGAGACCCUGUCUCAAAAAGAAAAAAGAAACAUCCCUAAUAUUCUAAUACAUAUUUUUCUGUGUAUUCCCUUUCAAAUUUGGUAUAUGUGAUUGGACAUUUGUGAAUAGUUGUAUAUGUUUAUAUACAACUUUGUUCUGCUUUGUGUGAUAAUUAAAAUAUUCAUAUGAAA